AUGUUCAAAUCACUCGUCGGCAGAUCUGUUGUAGUGCAGCCGCAGGUGCUUUCGAGACCUGCCUCCAAAAUCGUUGCUUCUCAUCAGGUCACUCGACGAAGGCUUCAUCUCGCCCCUCCUUUCCUCCUUGACGACUACAUUCCUCGCUAUCACCUGCUCUCCUCCGCCGAGGCAGCCAAGAAGCGGUCCGCCGCCUACGCCCACCUCCGUCAAUGCAACCUCUGUCCCCGUCUCUGCAAUGUCAACCGGUACGAGACCACCGGCCACUGCUUGAUCGGCGCGGAAACGGUCAAGGUAUCGACCAUCGCGCCGCAUUUUGGAGAAGAGCCGUGCCUUCAAGGGCAUAAUGGGUCAGGAUCUAUAUUCCUUAGUGGCUGUAAUUUGAGGUGUGUGUUCUGCCAAAAUCACGAUAUCGCACACCAGAAGGUCGGCUUUGAUUUGACCCCGGAGGAGCUGGCGGAGUGGAUGGUCAAGUUGCAGGAGGUGGGACGUGUGCACAAUAUCAACGUGGUGACCCCUGAGCAUGUCGUGCCUCAGAUUGCACUGGCUAUCCUGACUGCCAGGGAGAUGGGCCUCAACAUUCCCAUCGUGUACAACACGAGCGCAUUUGACAGCCUCGAAAGCCUCAAGUUGAUGGAUGGACUUGUGGAUAUCUAUCUGCCGGAUUUCAAGGUCUGGAGCAACGAAACGAGCAAGCGCCUGCUAAAAGCCGAUGCGUAUGCAGACACAGCCAGAGAAAGCAUUCGGGAGAUGUACCGGCAAGUCGGCGAUUUGUGCUUCACCGCUGACGGAAUUGCGAAGAAAGGCGUGCUGGUCCGUCACCUUGUCAUGCCGGGAAAGGAGCAGGAAGGAGUGCAGAUUAUGAAGUGGCUGGCCGAAGCACUAGGAAAAGAUGUCUUUGUGAAUAUCAUGGAGCAGUAUUUUCCGACUGCCCAUGUCGGCAAGGAGAAAAGGGGCUCGAAAUCCAAUAGCUUGAGCAAGAGAUAUCCGGAAAUCAACCGAGCGGUUAACCAUGACGAGGUCGGCAUUGUGCAGAAGGCGGCGAGGGAUGCAGGGCUUUGGAGAUUUGCGGAGCCGGCCAGACAUGGUGGUUGGAACAUCUGA